AUGUUGCAGCUGAACACAGCUAUCGGACCUUUCGAUGGAAGGCUGGGUGCAUUGGUUGAAAAAGGGUGGUUCAUGGUGACCCCCAAUGCAUUAGGAUUGUACCAGCCUCCUCUUGGUAUCAACCGGGAGAUGUACAUGCGAGCAGACUUUAGAUAUGCCGCCGACGACCCUCUAUUGUGGCCGCAGUUCUACGUACGCUCGGAUCCAUGGCUCAGCUGCAUACGAAAGCGUCCCAAGGACCCACUUGACCCCUUCCUACCACUCUACAAUCCUGUCGCUCGCUCUGAUUUCAGUACAUCUGGGAUCUGCAUCACAGGACAGUCAACUCGGAAGAAGUUUUCGGACGCGUCCUUAUUUGUCUACGCGCGGCCGCUCAGGAAAGUCAUUGACAUGUCCGAAUCUCAGAGCUGGGGGUCGUCUGACUCAUUGCUUAAGGAUUUUCAUCGUGGACUGUGCACGCUCCUUCAUUGCCUCGAGUCAUUGCCGUUCAUUGUCGUAGAAUUCGUUGGCAGUGGCGGAGACGCAGCGCGUAGCAAUUGA